CACCGACACAAAGACAAAAAGACAUUGGAGAAAGGGGGCCCGGGCCAGCCACAGUCACGGAAUUAUUGCCAAGCACGAGUACGGGCACCAUGGACGACGACGAUAUCCUCGAAUUGCCUGCGGACACUCUCCAGCUACUGGCGCAAUUCCAUGCAGACCGCGAUGCGAAGGCUAAGGAGUUCGAGAAUCUCAAGACGAAGGCGGAGAGCGCGUUCGAAAAUGGCUCUGGCAAGCUUAGUAUGGACCUAUUCGGCGAGGACUGGAAUGCCAGUCAGUUCUGGUACACGGAUCAUACUGCCGAAGUACUUGCACGGCAGCUGUUAGAGGACGCUACAGAAUCCUCUGCGAUUGCGGUAGUGUCUGCACCCAGCGUGUACGUUGCACUGCGGAACAUCCUUGCCGAGCAGGUAACAGCGACCAGGCCAAAGUUGUGCCUCCUAGAGUUCGACCGGCGGUUCGAGGUCGUUGGCUCAGACUUUGAGUUCUACGAUUUCCAGAACCCGCUACGUCUGCCGGCAAGCUUGAAGGGUCAGUUUGAUCGCAUCAUUUGUGAUCCACCAUUUCUGUCUGAGGACUGUCAGACCAAAACUGCUCUGACCGCUCGAUUUCUGGCGAAAACAUGGUCUCCUUCAUCUGAACAGGUACUGCGGUUCAUUUCAUGCACCGGCGAGAGGAUGGAAAGUAACAUUCUUCGGCUAUACCAAACAAUCGGCGUGAAGACGACUACCUUUGAACCAGAGCACAGCAAAGGUCUGAGUAACGAAUUUAGGUGCUACUCCAACUUCGAGUGUGAUGUCUGGAAGUGGCGUGACAUUCAGUGAUAACCAUGUUCAAGCAUGUGCGAUCAAAUCUGUAUCUCUGCGAAUAGUCACACUCUGGUCAGUCGAUCCUGAAGAGUUCACGAUGCAGCCAGGCGCCUUCCACAUCGACGCGCGAUCAGGGUCAGUGCCGGUGCCAGGACCCGAUCUCGCACAAUCACUCUUCGAUGCUCCAGUGUGGGCUGCCUAUCCACAUCUCGCGCAAGCCAAGGACCUGAGGAGGUGCGCCACUUUAAUCAAAAUCCAUGCGAUCGUCUCGCAGCCUAUAUUGUGCGGCACAGCUGGUGCAAACGACCUGCUAUUCCAGGUCUAUUCGCGCGGCGUCGUGUAGGAUGUGCCAUUUGCUGCAAUUUUGACUGGCAAACCUAUGUGGCCCCAUAUGCCAUACCCGCCGACAUGCACGCAAAGACAGGCGCAAUGGAGCAGCGGUGCAUGAAAAGCCGUAGCAACAUGUGAGCGGGCGCCAGCAAAGAGUAUUUGACGCAUAAUUACAAUCAACGUCGUGUAGCGCACGAUAGAUGCAGCAUCAGUCUAGCAUACUGCAUCAGAGCCCUGUACAUCGAUCGGAAGCAAUUUGCCCAGUAAUUACUGUGCCGUUACCCGGAACACGUAAGUCGUGGGAAGAUCGAGUGCUGCAGUCUCUUUUCGUCGCUUCCGAGUGCCUGGAAGCGAAAGUGGAAUAUAUCGGUCCAUGAACACCAGAUUCAUC